CUUGUUGUCAGCGUAAACAAACACUCCCACUUCGUAGUAGAAAACAGUUUGCUCGUUUUAAACUCCGACCUGUUCCCUUUUCAAAUCUGUAACUUGGAAAACUGUGUUUGGGCUAAAAUAAAAUACUAACUAGAUUUCUUUACAUGAAAAUGUAUGUAAGUGGUUCACACAUACCGAAACAUAACACAGCUGGAGCAGCGCUGUAUUGAAUAAGUGACUGAAGUACAUCAUUCCGCCCAGUUAAGGUAUUUCCGGGACACUCCGACUCUCAAAACAAACAGACAACCCAACGCUCCUCUCUUACUACUGGUGGAGCGGGCGGAAACUGCUAGCUCGUUACAUACAGUGAGAGCCGCCGGAGCUAGCGAGUCAGCGAGCGAUGGAGGGAGGAGGCAGGGUUUCGUGGAUGAAAUAUGGGCCUGUUGUGUCCUUGUUUGUGGUUCUUUUAGCCUUCUGGUUCCGGUCACCCCAGAAUGGAGUACUGGACGACCGGCUGGACACCGUGCUGUCCUCUCUGCUCCGGGCUGAGCGCAAAGUGGGAAUGAACGACGUCACAAGACCGAAAGUGGCUGUUGGUUUUGGUGGCUGUGUGGACCUGAUAGUGGACGGAGUAUCGUUGCUUAAUAAGAUUGGCCUCCCUCCCACAGACCAGCCGCUACAUCAUGACUACAUAGAAAACGCUGAGCAGCUGGCUCAGAGCUUUGCCUACUUCUUUGCACCAGGAGCUGCUGCAGAGCGUUUUAUGCUAAAUGACACCCUCUUUAGUGAGCUGGUGGAGGCGUCCCGUGAUUUACCUGGGAACAGAUGGUCAGUAGGUGGAAAUGCCCCGGUAAUGGCUGGUCGCAUGGCAACUGAGGGAUGUGACAUAUUGCUGGGGGGAAGCUUCAGCCCCGACUUUACUGAUGUCCUGUCCCAGCACAUCACAGUGGCUGGUAACAUAGUAGAGGAGCCAGACAUCCAUCUCAUCCUGGAGUAUCCAUCUGGUGCCAGCUGGGGACACUAUACCUCACGUAGAGCCAACAGAUAUAUCAUCCACAGUGAUGACCAUAACCCCUACUUGGCCUCCAUGGAGAAAUUUGCAGAGAAACUUCAAGACUUUGAUCCAGAUCUGCUGGUGGUGGGCGGACUGCAAAUGAUGGACAACUUCCCUUUCCAGUCAGGUGAGCGUGAUGCGCUCCUCUCCCGCUUGGCUGACCUGCUGUCCUCCUCAUCUCCCCCCAUUGGCAUCCAUUUUGAGAUGGCCAGUUUUGUAGAAGAGAGUAUAAUGGAAGACCUACUUCACUAUGUCAUCCCUCAUGCGGACUCUUUAGGGAUGAAUGAACAGGAACUUCCCAACCUGCUCAGUCUACUUAAAGGCUCCAACAUCACAGUUUUGUCUGACCCAAACCCCCGUGUAGCUACUGUCCUGGACCAGAUGAGGGAGGUCUAUCGCAUUAUCAACCAGCGCUACAGGGAUGCCAGAGCAGAAAGUGACAGUGCUAAGGGUAAGCCCCUAACCAGGCUCCAUGUCCACACGCUGGCCUUUCAGGCCAUGAUCGUGACACGCGGCUCCCAGUGGAAGAACACCAUGUCAGCCACUGCCAAGGCCUCACUCACAGCUAACCGCCAUGUCUGUGGCUCCAAUGACAUUGACCCCAGCAAGGCAAGGCUCAUCAUGGACGACUCGUUCUCUGUGAGCCGGCGGGAGGGCAGCCAGCGUAUUCCCCUGCAGGAGACCAGGCCUGUCAGCUGCUGGGAUGAGGAGGACUACGAGAUCUGCGUGGCGCCAGUGCUGGUGUGCACUGAGGUUUACCAAACUGCAGGUGGAGGAGACAACAUCUCAGCUGCUGGUCUGGUGCUGCAAAUCUAGAGAAGGAAACUAAAAUGGUCUAUCUGCGUGUUGUGCUAACCAGAGGUUGGCAAACAGCGUGACUCUGGAAACUUGAUCUAGGUGUGAUGCAACAUAGCCGUCUUGGCAAACACAGGUACUGACUGUGACAGGUAUCAGGCUUAUGCUAUCACUUCUGCAGCUCACAACCCAGGUGGACCAUGAGGAAAACCGAUUAUCACUCAUAGGAGUCAGAUGAUGGGGUAAAGUGGUUUGGUCAUCAGGUUAGACCACCUGAUUUUUUUUUUUUUUUUUUUUUUUUUAAUUUACAGGCUCAGUAUGUCUAUGGACAUACAAGAAUAUGUAAUUACACCAUCUUUGCCAGAGUGCAAAACCCUCUUGCAUCCACUUUAUUUGGUUUUAGAACCAAAACUUUGAGCUGAAACUGUCCUCUUCUGCCCCACUUUUUAUUCAACAUCAUGCCGUCAUCUUUGCCAAAUCAUUGUAGCCCAUCAUCCGACUCUAAUGAUUGUAAUCACCUGUUCUCUAUUUCUCCAAGGCCUUACAAGACUCGGCCUUCAGUUGGGAUGUGAUAAAGAGGGAUGGGGUUUGGAUAAAGUCUUACAGACACGGGGUCGAUUUUAUAGGGAUGCAUUAUAGCUUUGCUCCAGUUGCAGGGCAAAACCCCAAAGUUUAGUUUAGGCUACGAGCUGAAAAACUAAACUAAAAUGAUCUUUGAUGAAAGAAAAGUCAUCAAACCUGUGGUUCCACUAUACAGCAAAUUGAUAACUGUUAUUACUGACUAUUGCAAAUUUCAGAUGAGGCAACCUGACAGAUCCUGUCAUACAUAGAAGGUCACAUCUGAACCCUUUUAAUGAGAAGGCUCCAUCCUGCCUCAUCCCUCUCUUAUCUUAUCUCAAAGGCAAAGAAGAUUUAAAAUAGAAAACUAGUGUUGUGAUCACCUCCCAUUCUUCCCAAUAUAUGUGAAAAUUUUACAUACAUGUUUGGGUGUGUUUGAUUUGUUUUAAUGUUGUCAUUCCUCUGUGUGUCAGUUGCAGUGCAAUAAUGCAAAAAGCAAGUUUUACAAGACCACUGUUGGUAGCUGGAUAUGAUGUCACAAAUGUCCUCUCUACCUCCAUCCUCUUUUUGUUUCUUCUUCCCAUUUUCCUUUGUCAUAUGUCUCUGUUGUCUGUCAUAUUUCUUCCUUGUCCCCUAUUCUCAUCUCAUGUUUAUUUAUAGCUUUUUAAGGACCAAAUAACCAGUGUGGACUGCUCCAGAAAACAGUGCUGUAAGGCAGAAGAUUGGCAGCUGGUUUUCACAUUCUCAUGAAAUACAGUGAAACACUGUCUAGUUUAUAGUUUCUCAUAAAACCAUGGUGUUACCCACCUUUUAAUCUGUGGAAUAGCGGACCACUCUGAGAUUAUAUUUUCCAUGUUUAGUCUUCAUCUCACUCGUAGUAGGAUCAGAGACCAGAUAUUUUUCUCCCUUUAUUAUCCAGCUACCAUAAAGACCCACAUACUGCUGAUUGUUGGAUCUCUAAUGGUAGUCAGGCCCACUGCCACUUCACACACACACACACAUGCACACACACACACGUCACAGCCACUAUGUUUUGGAUUUCAAUUUAAAAUAGAGAUAAUGUAGAAUUUAAAAUUGGGCCCUCUCUCUGAAUGGCCAUUAUCACACUACCAUCUCACUCUUUUCAGGGUUUGAUCACUUCCAUUUGAAACUCUAUUUACUCAACUGACUGGACUUAAAUGAAAAUGUUGUGAUCACAAAGUCAAACAUUCCUGCACAGAUCCAUCUUCAGUUGUUUUCUCCAUUCCCAUCGAAGUAUGCUGCCCACAAAUACACUCAAUAUGGAGUGGAGUGUUGUUUUUUUUGUUUGCUUUCAACAUGUAUUCAUUAGUUUUGUUAAAACUUGCUCCUCAAAGAGCAAAUUUCAUUUUCAGAGAGAAACACAUUCAUUUAUGCUACAAUGCAACAAGUAUGAGGUCGAGAGAAUAUGAACCUAAAAUUAAAGGAAUCCCUUUAAAUGUUUUCUUUGUAUCAAGAUUGUACUGAUGAUUAUGUUUGAUUAUGCUGAAGGUAAAUGAACCUUAUUCUGUCUGUCUGACUUUUGGUGUUUAGUGAAAAGGGAAUGUUUAAUACAGACUUUUUCUAUUAUUCCAAGCCUACGUUUUUAAUUUUCUAAUGUGUUUCUCUUACGCAGUGAUUGGAAACCAAGAGUAACGGGUCGUGUUUUUACUGUGAAAUGUUUAAAGCAGAACUUCAGCAUGCAUUCAUGCUCGGAUCGAGAGCUGCUUGCAUUUGCUACCAUAUCAUUUACUUAUCUAAGCUCUAGAUAAGUCCUCUCAUCCAUGUUCCAAAGUUGUGUGUAACUGUUUCAUGCAUGUUAACUAUUCAAUGCAGAAUCACCUAUGAUAAAAGGCUAAGCUGAUACCACGA